GUCGCAAAUCCAAGACAACAUCCACGACCUGCAGUAGCUGGCAUCAAAUGUAGUUACGAACUUUUAACAUUUCUGGUAACUUCUUUUCCCCCCAAAUUGUGAUGGGGUUUUUUCUCUUCCUUACGGUUCAACUCAAUCGAGCAACCCCGAAACCCGGACCAAGAAACCCCGUCCGUAUUGACAAAACGUAUUCUCGUAUGGUAUUACGGUAGUGGUUGCAGUUAGCGAUGGCAGCUGUAGGGCUUUCACUCACUGAGCCUGACAAGGAUGAGGCGCUUUCCAGGGCCUUCGCAUCAAUGGAGUUGUCUCAUUUUUCCCAUGCGCAAUCUGACCUCAAAACGGUUCUGCAAUCGUACGGUGCAAACUGUGAAGAUGCGAGAUUUCUAGGCAGUGAUGAGGUGCAGUUUAUUCCGCUGGCUAAAGGCGAGAUUUGCAUCAUGUUCGUUUGUAAAGAUUGCGGGAAAAUGCAUUCAAGAGAAGUUUCUUGCGGUACGGUCAAGAAACGUGCAUGGCAAAGAGCAAUACAAAGGACAGGAUGGGGGGCUGCGAUGAAGGCUUGGGCUCGUUGCGGUUGGCGACCAAUUUUCGAUGGAAGUGCUCUUGACCCAGUAAACACUUGCCGCAAGCCGCAGACAGAUGACGGAACCAGGCCAACGCUUCAUCCAACAUUAGGCUAUCAGAGAAGAAGCGGGAUCAGGCGGGGUUCAUCAUCUGUGAACGAUCUGCAAGCUUAUAAAACGGAACCGAGUGCAUCAAAUUUAGAAGAAGUUGAUGAGAUCAGCAUGCUCAUGAGUGAUCUAAAGGUUCAAAAAGCGCCGCUUAGACAGAAGGAAAGAGACGCAAAGAUUAGGCAACGAGCCAGAGCUAAGGCAGCACGUCAAAGAGAUUUGAACAGAAGCAAGGUUUUUGGAACCGUAUAACCAACUCCAUGUUCCAGCUGAGCAGGUUAAAGGAAGUGGACGUUGAUCGAAAGUUUCGAAAUUUCCCCUCGCUUCGCUCUGCCACCAGGCUGCUGGAAUCGUAACGGAUUCAGAAAUUGUUUGUUCGGGUCACGAAAUCGGGUGUCGGAAAUUGUUGCAAGUGAAUAACCUGAUAGCUUCGACUUUUAUAUUCCUAUGGUGCAGGAUCGAUAAGACGGGCUCAACAAGGACUAGAAGAAUAUUUCCUACAAAAGUCAACAGGAAUAGAAGUGAUUAUCUAUAAAUGAAUUCUCUUUCCCCUCAGCAAAGGGCAUUUAGUCAAGGUGUAGGUUCGUCAAAGAAAAGGGAUGAUUAAGGACGGAG